AGAUUCUGACGGCUAACCACUCCUCUAAGUUGCGAGUCAUAACGAAAGUGAAAGUAUAACUCUAACCGCCAGCAGCCGAACUCAGUCGGUCAGUCUACCAACUUCUCUCAAAGACACUGGUCUGCCUUGCCUUGUCGAGGAGCGUGUACGGUGAGUGAACAUGGCCUCCACUGGUACCCUCUUCUUGAUUUUCGCUGUCACCUUCAUCAGGGAAGGAAAUGCACAGAAUACUUUUGUGAAUGUCAACUGCAAGGAAAACGUGGGACAGUAUGGUCAGCAGUCACUGCUAGAGUGUAUUGUCCAAACCACAAGCGAAGCGUCAGACAUACAGAUCCGGGUGGUCACUUGGAGGAGACAGGGAGCUGACAAGCCUGCACUGGUUUUUCACGAUGGGAGAAUUGACCCGAAGUCAAGCUUUACAUUUGCCGAGCCAUCCUGGAACAACAAGAACAUGAACGUGUCCGUGCUCAUCCCCAACACUAGGGUGGCGGACAAUGGGCGUUACACGUGCAUGGUGAUGACAAACAGCGGUGAUGGCAAAGGAGAAGUCAACCUUAAGGUCACAGCCAAAUACAGUGAACCAAUUAUAAGCUCCAUCCCUGAGAAAAUUACUCCAGGUUCAAAUGGUGAGCUGACGUGUGAGACUCAUGGUGGCUACCCAAAGGGUGACAUUCGCUGGUUUGUUAACGACAACACAGACUGGACAAAAAGCUCUAAAAUGGAGGUGAAAGGCGCACAAGACGGUCUGCUUCACCUCUCUAGCAAGCUGCCUUUGCUACAUGGAUCCAUUUUCUCCAAGUAUACCUGCAUAGUGUACAACGCCACUGGAGGCAAAGAGGCCGAGGCCGUGUUCAUUCCUGAUCCAGAAGUGGAAGGACGCAAAGCAUCGAAUGGGUCAGAGUCAACUUCCAAAGUAGUCGCUCCUGUGGUGGUGAUUGGAUCGCUGAUUGUUGGGUUGCUGUUGGCGCUGCUGGUUUACAGAAGGCGAACUCGAAAGGCACGGAGACCCUCUACAGCACCCCUUAUGGAUGGUCAUACAGAAGUCUCCAACCGAGAUGAUGAGGAAAGUGGUGCGCAGGAGAUGGAUGGAAAACAACAAAACAUUGUCUAAGGAGAUACUGCAUGUGAAAUGAAUAACAACUUACUGGUAACCUCUGAAAUCAUGAAAUCAGCACUUCCUUGUUUGCUAAAUUCCACUCCUGUCUUUGUACUUCUCAUAUUGCAAACAGUAUAACCAGGGAUGACUUGUAUUACUGUGAUUCAUCAGAGGGGAUGUAAGCUCUUCAUUUACCAACUGUAAGCUUCUUUAACAGUGGGGUGGUGGUGUUUUUUUGGGGGGGUGGGGGGGUGGGGGGCUCAGACCAUACAACCUUAAAACUCUGACAACCAGACUGGGAGCAAAAUGCAACAUCACCAUAAACCAUAAACCAACAUGUCAGUAGCUGCGGUUUUAGUAUGGCACUGAAUGUCUAAUGUGUUGGUUGCUGGAGUGGUUGUUUAGAUGAUGAUAUAUUUAUUUAGACAACCCCACACAGUAACUGUCACAUUUUGAGGCUUAGCUGCAGGAGCAUUUCUUCUGACUUCCCCUUAUCAUAUUGUGUCAGUGUUAUAAAGAAAACACUGAUUCACAUCCAAGGGAUAGGGGAUAGGGGGCAGGGAUGUCAUACUGAUCUGUGACUGUAUACGUGGCAAAGCAAAUUCUGGCAAAAUGAAACUAAUGUAGCCUGCUGCUGAGAAAUUUAUUUUUGCUUUUAUAUUCCACAUCUCAGUUUUAUGAAGGUGUUAAAAGAUAAGACUGGUGUUACACUAGCCUAUUUUUUUUUCUUACAAACCUACAAAGCAAAUCUCAAAAAAGUAAUAAUGUAUGUCUCAAUACUUUUUGCCCAUCAUCAUCCUACAAUGCCUAUGGCACUCAAAUAUAGGUGUAUGUAUAGGUGUAUAUGGCCAUUUAUUUAUAUAUAUAAAAAAGAUUCAGUAAUUCCUGAAACAAACAAACAAACAAACAAUAAAGAGGCAGAGGAAGAAAUGAUACAUUUUUAUGAAAUACUUUGAGUUUGAGAUUUGUUGACAAUAAAAAAAUAUACAGUAUAUCACCAGCCUUACUUUAAGGACUCCUCUACAGAGGUUUCUCAUGCGAUUUGAGCUCUUUGGUCAGUCUAGUUUUGUUUCACUGCCUAAAAACAUUCAGCCCCCUCAAAUUUCAUAUCCUUUUUCUAACCACCAAGAAAGUUGGCUAGAUAUACUGGUUGUACUUCCGUGUGUCACAUGAUCUUGCUCGUGUUUAUGUAACAUUUGGCAGCAGCUUCUUUGCCAAGCACCAUAAUCUCCACCAUCUUAUACAGGUUUUUAGUUUCAUUCUCUUCUUCAUUCGUCAUCUGAUAGCGCCUGAUCAGAGAAAUGGCCGUCCACAUUUGCAGGUUUUCAGGAACAUGGUUUUUGAUCUAAGAAGUGCAUGGUAGUGGAGCAGGACUCUAUAAAAUAUUCUAUACCCCAGGUGUGUACUGAAAAGCUAGUUCGUCACAGACUGUAGAUAGGAGUGCACAACAAAAACCUUAUCAACAUCUUCUAAAGUAUAUGAUUAAUCAUGAUACUGUGGCACAAAGUGAUGGGGGUUAAUUAUUGACUUACGAAUGAGAAAAACAAGGCCAUUAUAAAUGCUGAAUUUAUUUUUAUUUUUUUUACAUUCUGGCAAAUUAAGACGCUAUAGAUGAGCCUUUGAGUACUGUUUUGUAUAUACUGUCUUUGUAAAUCUGUGAAUAAUGUAAUUCUGUGUGCUGUGUGAGUUUGAAGUCAGUCUACUUACAUUUUAUACUGUGUAUUUGUUGUGUUUAAGAUUAACAUGCAUUGUUUAAACAGUGUAUUGUAUGUGAUUAAAACAAAAUGUCAAAAUACAA